GUUUAUUAUUCGUAAGAAGCAUUAUAUGAGUUGGCAGCGUGUCGUUACCACUCUCACAUGUUCCCUUAGUACUAUCUUAUUAAGAUCUGAAGAUGCUUCAUCUACAACGAGUUUUUUUAACAUUAUUUGUUUCAAGUUUUUCUUUGUUUUGUAAUUGUGAAUACAGUAAAACUCCAGUGCCCUUUUCGAAACUAGCGACGUGUCAGGAAUUUGAUAUUGAGUCGGACAAUUGUCGCCAAUUUUUUCCCAUCGAGAGUAUUAAAAACUAUAAAACGAAUGAAUACAAAUUGUAUUUGAAGUUUUACGUGAUGGCUUCGACCGACGCAAACAUUGUUCUCUUCAAUGGUAUUCCUAAAUGGGAUGUGCGGUAUACAGUAGUUGUUAGUGGUGGCUCAGAUAAUAGAUAUUCAUGGUUGAGAAACACUAACGACACUACAGUGGGUCCAGAGAGCCACUUGGGCCAACUGCUCUCACCACUUUGGCCACUUCCUAUCACAGUCCGGCAGAAAAUAAACGGGGAAUUGCAAAUUUCAGUCCCAGGAGUGGCGGAUCCGCUUCUGGUAGCCGAUGCUUCUGAUUUGAAAGAAAUAAAAGCGUUUUGUAUGUACGCAUGGAAAAAUAAGAGUCGGUGGUUUUAUAACUGCACUGAAGAAGAAGAUAUUUUUUUGGACGAUGCGCUCUAACGAAAUCCAAUUGGAAGCUGAUAUCAUACAAUUUACUCCUCAGAUGAAAAUAAUUAGCUGUUCAAACGGAAGAAAAUUGUAGCCAAAUUACCCUAGCAUUUAAUAUAAUAAUCCCUAUAAACUAGCUUUCUAUAAAUAAAAUGAAGAGUAAACAAUCGAAU